CCGACCGAACGCAGGCGCUAGCAAAAGGCUCUCUCUACCUCUUUGGCUUGCAAAGAAAACCAACAAAUGAUUACUAGUGCAAUGUGACUGCCAACACCAACAUACUAACGUAAAAAAAAAAGAAAUUCGACUGGCCCUUUUGUGCCACGAAAAGUGUCCCUCCAACUUCGACGCCGCCACUUUUAUACUAAUUAGGAGUGUGUGCAAGAGUGUUAUCCCGAUUUUGUGCUAGUGUGCACGUUUGAAUUGUAUUUUGUGUGUGUCUGAAUUUGUGUGCCCGUCUACCAUCUUCUGGCAUCCUAGCCACGAGGGUGUAGGUCGGUGUGUGGAUCCUUCCACACUUCGUGUCCGUGUUCGAAAAUACAGUGAAUGCAGUGGCCGGUGACAUCCAAAACAGCCGAACGCCAUUUGUAACACGUUGAUCGCAGCAGGCUAGGACGACCAUUUACGAUACCCGAUCCUGACCUAACCAACCUUAUUGCUGCCGUGUCUUAUCUGUGUGUUCUGUGUGCCAUACUGCGACGAAACGUCACCAUCCUCACCAACGUCAAACAUCCUUCGAUACGGAGCAGACAGCAUCCACUUUUGAAAACGAAAUCGACGAAUACACUAACCACGAGCUGUCGAAUACCAGUCAAGCUCCUGAGAAGUGAAGACCGCAUCCGUACGUUUUCAACUUGACCGAACCGUUAAUUGUUUCCUUUGUCUGUGACACCGAACCGGCGAUACAUCGUCCAGCGUAGAUAGUGACCGAUCUUCGAACUCGGAGUGUUUCAUUUGUUUAACUGAACCCGUAACGCCUUGUGACGUAGCCGAUCAGCAAACCACUAUGACCAGUAUACUGUCUGCGCCGGGGAAAUACCGGUCGCGGAAGGACAUCAGCACCGGCUCGAUCCCGACGCUAGUGUCGCUGGAUGAAGAAUCUAGUCUAUCGACCACUACGACGACCUCCGUCAGCAGUGACACGGUGCUGUUGCAGAGUCUGCGGGCCGCUGCCAGCCCGAGUGCGGGAAGCGCAAACAGUGCCGCAAGCAGCAGCAGUAGCCAUCUGAAUAUCAAAAAUGGUCUGGCAAGCAAACCGCCCCGGCGUAGCUCACUCGGACUAGCACUCCUCGGUGGUGGUGGCGGUUCCCGUAGCUCCAGCAGCUCCGAGAAGGGCAACAAACGACGCAGCUCCAUAGCGGUCGUGUUUCUCGGCGGAGGUCGCAAGGACUCGAAAACAACACCUUCCCCAGUGGCAGCUAACGGCGGUAGCCAACAGCAUCACCACCAUCACCACCACAACCAAAACCACAACAGCCAUCACCAUCAUCACAAUGGCCAUUCGAUCAGCACGAUCCCGGAGAAGUACAUCAAGACGGGCGAGUCGGACAUCGAGAACGAUUCGCCGAACACGGACACAUUCACCAUGCUCUCGCCGGGGCUGGCCCUCGGUGAUGGGUCAGUCGGUGAGGGCCUCGAUUCUUACGGUGCCAGCGGGGGCAGCGGUGGUGGGUACGACAAGAAGCGCCGCCGUUCGUCCUCCUGGCAGACGAAGCUGGAACGAAGGCGCCGCAAGGGUAUGAUGGCGCUGGACGGUGGUGACCCGAUGCCGCAGGACUCGGCCAGCUUCAGUAGCUUCGGGUCGGCCAACGGGCUCGACACGUCACCGUACGCGAGUGGAUCCGGUGGAAAAUAUGGACGGGAGAAGCGUCACUCCUGGUGGAACAUCUUCGUGCCGGACAAUCUCAAGCAAAGGACUCGUAGAGCUAGUCAGGAUGUGAUACUAUCGAAAAGUUCGGACACGCUCAGUAGCCCACCCUACAGAAGGAGCAAAUCCAGAAGUGUAGAUCAUGGGCUAGCCGCACCAUUCGAUUUGGAUUCGCUGCGCUCGAAGGUAGAGGGCCGGUUCGAAAGCAUCGAUCGACUAUCAAAAGAUGGCGAAAAGAAACGCUCGAUGCCAACCAUACCCACCAUAACGUACACAGUGAAGGACCGGGACACGCUGACGUCCGUGGCGGCGCGCUUCGAUACAACCCCAUCGGAACUAACCCAGCUGAACCGUCUGGCCAGUUCGUUCAUCUACUCCGGCCAGCAGCUGCUGGUGCCGGACAAAAAUGCCAAAUCGGCCGCGGACGGUGAGUCCGACGCCAGCACGGAACGUUCCUCCAACAGCCCCACCGACGGCCGCCGCAAAGGUUCCCAGGAAGAUUUGUCACAGGAUGAGAAAGAUUUACUGGAAGGGCUGCGCCCUGGAUCACCAAAACCGGGUCACAUCGAGCGUGUUGCCUCGCCGAACACACAGAGUGGUGGUGGUGGAGGCGGAGGAGGAGGAGGUUCGACUGGCAAUGCGGCCACCGGCGGUGACGAGGACGAUCCCGUCACUAUACAACGCUUUUUGAAGAUCAAUGUGCGACACAUUACCGACGGACAGGGGGUGGUCGGAGGUGUCCUGCUCGUCACACCGAACGCCGUCAUGUUCGACCCGAACGUGUCGGACCCGCUAGUCAUCGAGCACGGACCGGAAAGUUACGGCGUGAUCGCACCGAUGGAGUUCAUAGUGAACGCGGCCAUCUUCAACGAUAUCGCACACAUGCGCGUGCAGGGUGCGGCCGGCGGUAACGAGACGGCUGAGAAGGCCGAGAUCUACCACCCGGUUCCGGUGGAAAAGCCAUGCUCGCGCUGCGACACGCACUCGCCCGGCAAGGAUUCGCUGCUGGUGAAGGAUGAAACGUUCCCGGAGCUCGGUGUCGGCUCGGUGGAAGGAUGCGACGACCAGGAAUCGAUCUGCUCGAGCAAUGAGCGCGAUGGCGAUGCGUUCCCGAAGGCGUUCGAGCGGGAUCUAGUGACGCCAAACAAUCUGCAGCGCUUGCACGGCGAUUCGACCGAGAGCGGCGGUAGUUCGGUGGAGCCGAAAGCGUCGUCGGCGGAACCGCCUAUGUUUCUGUCGUACGAUCGUGACUCGUCCCAAUCGCACACACCGAACUCGCUCGACAACAGCGCGACCGGGGCGGCGGCAGAUCAACAGGCGUCGAAGUCCGGUGGCGAUAAGACUGACCAAACCAAGACCAACAGUAUCUUAGAGGAUCCCACCAUGCGCUCCCUGGAGGAACGACGGAGAAGUCUGCUGGAUCAGCACUGGGCCAUCCCAAGCAAGGACAGACUGAAAUGUAAUUGCGAUCAAUCGUCAUCCCGAAGAUCUUUGGACGACGAGGAAGCGGCCAGCACGGGCAGUGGAGCCACGGCGGCAUCCUCUUCAACGGCUGGGGCGAGCUCGAUCGGUGCUGGCCAUCACGUUCCACCGAUCGCUCCGAUCGCCGAGGUCGCUGUUGGUGGCGAUGGACAGCUGGUGAAGCAAUCGUGCCACGACUCGGGUAUCGACAUCCGCGACCCGGGAGCAUCCGGUGUGGCGGCUGGUGGUCAUGGGGCUCUACUAGGCCUCGGUGGAGCAACCGGUGGAAGCGGUAGCAGUGCAGCCAGUUCCGUCGCCAGCAUUCCGAUUGUGGCUCCGAUCGCCACUAAGAAAGUAUACAGCGAUGCGGAUAUCGUGCUGAGCGCGGAUUGGGUGCCACCGUUGACGAUUGCACCGACACAUCUGCACGACAGUUCACCCCGCAGUAGCAGCUCGCUCGUUUCCUCGUCCCAGCACGGCUCUACCACUCUGUCGACGGUGACGUCCGAUGCUGGCGGGCGCAAGAAAACAUCCAGUGUUAGUUUCAGCGUGGAUGAGCACGACCCACACGGUGCUGCCGGUCCGGCCGGUUCCGGAUCGUUCGAGAAGGGAGCUGGUGAAACGAAGAAAAACAAGAUGCUUAAACGACUCUCCUACCCGCUUGCAUGGGUUGAAGGAUUGACCGGUGAAGGCGGUAGCAGUCACAAGUCGGACUCGAUCGAAUCCGCACCGAAUACGGGCGACUCGAAUCAGAGCGUCUUCUCAAAAGUAUUUUCCAGCUCCCCCAUCACAUUGGUCUCGGAGCUGGGUGGAAAUUUGUUUUUGUCCAAAACCCCGUCGGAAGACUCCGGAGGCUCGCCAGUUCCACCGCUGACACCGCACGAAUCGCAGGCAGGGGGGUCGGUUGCGGCCGGGCGGUCGUCCAUCGGUACCUUCAUUCGGCCGCAUCCCUCCGAAGGAAGCGCCCAUAAGCAGAAACAGGCGCCACCCAAGCUCGACUACCGCUCGAUGGUGUCCAUCGAUGACAUGCCGACCUUAUUCGUUAGUUUCGACAUGAAGGCACCAUUGUUUCCUCAGCUUGAGAAACUUGAGCUCAUUCCGCGACCGGCACGAGCCUGCCCGGAUCCGCCGAUGUACCUGCGGUUGCGCAUGGGACGUAAGAUCGGCAAAAAUACACCCCUUCCGACGACAGUGAUGUCCUACGGCAAGAACAAGCUACGGCCCGAGUAUUGGUUCAGCAUUCCCAAGAACAAGGUGGAUGAGUUGUACCGCUUCCUCAACGCAUGGGUGCAGCAUCUGUACGGCGAGCUGGACGAAGCUGCCAUCAAGGAGCGAGGCUUCGAACUAAUCCAGAUCGACACCGAAUGGUCAGCGAAAUCUGGCAGCCCGUCGAAGGACGGUCGUUCCGCUAGUGAAGGAGAAAUCUCCGAGUAUACACGCGAAUCGUGGGAGCUGCUAAAGGCACCGUUCGUUAAAACCUACAAUAUAAUCAAAAGUCAAACGGGAUCCAACGAUUUGGACGGCUGUGAGGUCCUGUCGAUGAGCACAGAUGACUACCGAAAGGCGACACUGUUUGCAUCCGGUUCGUUCGACCAGGACUUCCAGAUUCCGGACCUGAUUGGGCAGACAGAAAUCCUCAGCGAAGAGCACAGGGAAAAACUAUGCGCCCACCUGCCGGCCCGUGCCGAGGGCUACUCCUGGUCCCUCGUGUUCAGCACCUCACAGCAUGGCUUCUCGCUGAACUCCCUCUACCGGAAGAUGCAUAAGCUCGAGAGCCCGAUCCUGAUCGUGAUAGAGGAUACGGACCAUAACGUUUUCGGUGCCCUGACGUCCUGCUCGUUGCACGUGUCGGACCAUUUCUAUGGCACCGGCGAGUCGCUGCUGUACAAGUUCAACCCGCACUUCAAAGUGUUCCACUGGAGCGGCGAGAACCUGUACUUCAUCAAGGGCAACCCGGAGAGUCUGGCGAUCGGUGCUGGAGAUGGAAAGUUUGGCCUCUGGCUGGACGGUGACCUGAACCAGGGUCGAUCACAGCACUGCAGCACGUACUCGAACGAACCGCUGGCGCCGCAGGAGGAUUUUGUCAUCAAAACGCUCGAAUGCUGGGCCUUCGUCUAAGUCGCCAUCCUCGUGCCCCACCCGCCGUCCCUCUCCCCUCCCAAGUGUGUAGUAGUCGCGGGCGAUGAAUGGAGCGUGUUGUGUGUACUGCAUGUGUGUGCUCUGCAACAAGUGCCCGGCUCACCGGCAAGUGUUGAAUCCUGUAUCCCAAACAUCGGCCAACAUCGGCAACAAACAAUUCCGGCUAGCCACAGGGCUCCAUCGUGCGUGUAGCUGCGUAUCAACAUAGCAUCAUAUUUUUUCAGUUCUUGGUUGGAAGCGAAAACCGUGUGAUGAUGGUGCAGUGCAGUGCACGGCGGCGACCAAAGGCCAAACGUGAUGUGAUGUGAUUGCAAGGGUUUUAUUGCGCUGCUCGGAGAGAUUCACGACACGGGAUUGGGUGUCAUAAACACGUGGACGACGCUAGAGCCUCGUGCUAGGGUAGGCCUCGUCGGCGUCGGUUCAACUUAGCUCGGGACGCAUUUGGCAAUGUGUGGCUAGGCCUUCGCACCGAUCAUUGGUACGAUUCAUUCGGAUCAGUUUAGUUUACAAAAAAAAAAAAAAAAACAAACAAACAAACAAACAAACAAACGGUGCAAGGCGGUGUACUGUGUAGAAUGUAAAAAACCUGUGGCAGAAGUAAACAAGAAAUAAGUUUAAAUUUUAGGUGGUCGAGUCGAAGAGAGAGCAUACUUUUACCAUAGCAGCAGCAUGUGGGACUAAACGAAACAAACAAACAAAACACAAAAAAACACACUCACACACAAAGUAAAUGUUGUUAUAGUCUAGUGCGCAUGGCAUACUAAGUUAGCGAAGGGUAAGCGAUCGGGCUUCAAAGGGCAAAGAACGCGAGCGAGGAGCCUAGGGAAUGUUGAGCAGAAAACAGAAAAAAAAACCAAACGGAAGUUUAUCUAUAUAUAUAUAUAUUUAAAAAGAAAACAAACUGAAGAAAAUUGUAAUCAAGAGUA